GUGUUCCCACUUCCAAUGGUUGGCGCAUUUUAACCCCCACGACCCCUGUCGGUUCAAUCUGAAUUGUGCAGGCAUUGGACUCUGGAGGUGGCAGCUUGUCCUCCUCCUUUGACGCCAUCACCAACAGCUGCCUUACCAAGGCUGCCCCCCCCUCGCGUCGACCUGGUUUCUGUCCCCCCUUCUUUUUUUCCCUAUCUUGGGUUUGGCUUCUGUGAUUUUAAUUUCCACACAAUUGAUCGCGAAUUGCUUCAGAUGGCCUGAACGAUCGAUGUGAGAUGGCCAACCCUCCCCCCGUUCGUCGGGGCUCUUCUACAGGCCAUCUACCUUUACCUCCACAACCGCUUGCGCCCGUGACCUCGACGUCUGGCAAACCUCCGCCGCCAUCGCACACGACCAAGACAGCACCUCCCGAGAUCGAUAGUCCCGUGCAUCCGUCUCUUCUUCAACCCCGAGUCGCCGUCGUUCUCAAUGUUCCCAAGCCAUGGCACCCGUGGCUUUUUGCCCUGCGCCUCUUCUCUAUUCUGCCGGCGUUGUGGUGGGGAUUGCCUUCUGCGCUCCAACUACUUUUACGUGUCUUGCCAGGACCAGAGAUUGUAGUCGUUGUGCCUUCAACGACGGGAGGAUCUGUGGCUAUGAGUGUCGAGGCGGAUGCGCGGUACGCCCUGACUGAGACUGGGCUUGCAACUAUAUGGUGUUUUGCUUCGGGAUAUUUAUCAUUCUUCUUCACGGACUGUCUGAUGUCCAGAUGGCUCAUCAAUUAUACCCCACAAGCGACAAUGGUUCGCCUGCUCACAACCAACUUUUGUAACGCAUAUCUCACUGCGUUUGUGCUCUCUUUCACGGGUGGUUUCCAGGACCCUCGUCUCCUCCUCCCAGGCUGGGUUGGCAUAGCCACUACUCUUACCAUGAUGUAUCACGUCACUCACCAAAAGAUCAACAUUCGCAAGGAGACGUCCACCUCUAUCAACGUUUUCUCCAUAGCUUGUUCCAUCACUAUGGUGACUCUGCUGGUACACCUCCAUCAGUCCACACCUGACUACCCCCAGAUGCCAAUUGUAGCUUCUGGUCGGCGUGUCUUUGAUGAAGCAUCGCGCGUUAUCACUCAGAUCAUGGGAAGCAUCGAGCAGCAUGAAGACCUGUAGAGGUUCUCGGCUGUCUUUCAGGCGAAUGAAAUGCCUCUGUAUUUGUGCACGCAGAGAAGUAGGCGAACCGUUGUUGUUUUCCUUUACAAAUGACUUUCAGCGACUUUUUGGUUUCUCUUUUGAACUCUGAUAUCCCCGCCCACGCUAGGGCUGAACAUGUCUGAUUAUUAUGCGGCGCUGUAAAACUCAUGUACACAAUUGUCUGUGAAUCCCAAGCAGUGUGCAGUUUUGGAACAUGGGUUUUGAUUAGCACGACUCCAGAUGCUGUGCCUUGCAAGUGGGACCUGACGUCAAGCUACCACCACAACUAGGAUUGAAACAAUUUCACAACAAUUUUGAACAAAAAGAUUCGGAAUCGACUUUGUAUUUGCCUGAGA